CCUGACGUGGAUAAAAGGGCGCUGUCCUUCCUCCUCUCCUCUCUUCUCUUGCGUUAAACACAAGAUGGUGCAUCCCAACAUUGCCCUGUACCUCUCCGCCACCGUCUUCACCAGCCUGAUCUGUGGCGACUUCGACUCCGAACCCGUCGAUUACAAUGCAGACGAAAAGAAAGCUCCUGGCAAGUUUGCUAGCAACGAGGCCCACAUCAUCGCCCUCUUGGUCACCUACACUAUUCUGUGGGUCUUGACGAAGCUCAUCACCCGCCGUCCUCGACAUCAGGAUCGAAUUCAAACCCCUUCCUCCGCCUCUACCUCGGCACGCUCUGGUGGAGGCACUGACCUGGAGAGCGAAAGGAGCAAGAUCCUGAAGCAGCUGGAACCGCUUUCCAACGCCUGCAGGCGGCCGACCUCGCGGCCGGUCUCGCGACCCAGGCUGCCCAGAAGUCUCGUGAAGCCCUGCCAUGACGUGUUGGGUGAACGCAUGAGGCUCAUGUGCGACCUAAUGGCGAUGGAACAGAGCCAGGACGAGGACGCAGACGUGCGCAAGUAUCUGCCCAUUAUCAAAGAGAGGGGUUUCCAGCCACAGCACUACGGCCUCAACCUCGCAGAGACGGCGCACGCCCUCCAAGCGCAAGGUUUGCCCCUUCAAAACCUGCAGCGGCACCAGGCUGCCCUGCGAGAGUGAACAGAC